AUGAGUGGCACAAAGGCCUACCAGAUCGGGCACCUCAGCCUACUGCGGUUUCGGCACAGGCGCGAGAGGCAAGUGUCACAACGGACCCUCGACGCGGUGCGCGAGGCGCAGGGAGCCGGGGUCGAGCCGUGGAACACGGCAGAGCACGACAAGGCCGUCCACAAUCCAGCGCCCGAAGGCGGGACGACGAACUCGAUGGAGAGCGAGCCGCCGGAGAGCGAGACGUGCGACGACGAGGGGGGCGACGAGAGAGACAAGAGCGCCUCGGCGGACGACGAGAUGGCAUUUAUCGACGAUGCGUUCUUCGAGCUUCCCGACGCGGCAACGGAGGGAGAGGCGGAGGGCGGGGGAAGCCAGAGUCAGUACAGCCAACAGAGCCAGGGGGGCGAGAGCGAGGGGAGCCAGAGCAGCCAGGGCAGCCAACGGGCGCGCGCGAGGAGAGAACGGCGGAACCAGCUCGCGGCGCAGCGCAACGAGGGCGCAAGGAGCGACGACGAGGAGACACCCGACCGCGCAGCAGAGCAAGGACCGAGCGAGCAACCACCCGAAACGGGCCAUCCGAACGAUGGCAGCCAGGCAGACGACGAGUUUACAGUUAUGGACAUGGACGAAGAAAAGCCAGAGGACGAGACAUCCCAUUCACCGAGGAAGCGGGGGCGGUUUGAGAACGAACGUAGCGAUUCAGUGAGCCAGGGAGAGGGGGCGAGCCAACAGCACACAGAGGACGGGGGCCGAUGA